UCGACUAAUUAAAAUGUUGAAAUGCUGAUGGUACACACUGAAGGGGGCUGUAAACACGAUCGUCCGAUACAAAGAGAACGAACGGGAGGAGGCCAAUUUCGCCUUUCACUUAGGUUCAACUAACACUUUUAAGUAAAUAUUAAAUACACCCCAGAAUGCUUUAUACCCUCCUUUCGUCCUUCUCGCGAUUUAUCACUUCGAAAUCGAAAAUGGUCAAGUACUUGGGCCAAGAGGAGGCGAUAAACAUCGAUGUGGAACUGUUCAACGAAUAUAAAUAUUCGGUGGACCAGCUGAUGGAAUUGGCCGGUUUGAGUUGUGCCACCGCAAUAGCCAAAACUUACACGCACGACAAGCUGUGCGACAAACUAAUCUUGAUAUGCUGCGGCCCGGGCAAUAACGGAGGAGACGGAUUGGUGUGCGCCCGACAUUUGAAACUAUUCAACUAUCAACCCGUCUUAUAUUACCCGAAAAAGACGGACAAGCCUCUGUACCACAACUUAACACACCAGUGCGUGGCCAUGAAUAUACCUUUUAUAGAAAAAUUGCCGAGUGACUGCGAAAUUACGUCCAAAUACGGCUUGGUUGUGGAUGCACUGUUCGGGUUUAGUUUUAAACCUCCAGUACGACCAGAUUUUGUACCAGUCAUAGAACUGUUAAAGUCUACCAAAGUUCCAGUUGCAAGUAUUGACAUUCCAAGUGGCUGGAACGUGGAACAAGGUGAGCCGGAAGACGGCGGCAUAAAGCCAGAAAUGCUCAUUUCCCUCACGGCUCCCAAAUUGUGUGCGAAACAGUUUACAGGCAAAUAUCAUUAUUUGGGGGGCAGAUUUGUGCCGCCAAAGCUACAGGAAAAGUACGAAUUGAACUUACCUGAAUACCCUGGAACUGAUUGUUGUUUGUUGCUUAAAUAAUUGUUUUUAUUGUUUAGAAAGAUUUAUUUUUGUUAAUUUUUUUGAAAAAAUAAAUUGCUGAACAUAAA